AUGCAGUACCAAUCGCAACAUGGCUACUACUCGUCACCAUCGGCCCUGGAGAAGGUUGUAAAGCUGGCCUCGGGCAGUGCUGUGGUGAUAUUUAGCCUGAGCACGUGCUGCAUGUGCCACGCAGUGAAAAGGCUGUUUUGUGGAAUGGGAGUUAACCCUACGGUUUAUGAGCUCGACGAAGACCCGAGAGCCGGAAAAGACAUCGAGCGGGCCCUCUCACAACUGCUCGGGAGUGGGGCUGACUCAGCUGUCCCUGUCGUGUUCAUAGGCGGCAAGCUCAUUGGAUCCAUGGACAGAGUUAUGGCUGCGCAUAUUGGUGGCAAUUUGGUCCCGCUGCUCAAGGAAGCUGGGGCACUCUGGCUUUGA